UGAGUCGUGGUUUCCUCUCUUCUCUACUCUCCAACUGUUACAUGUUGAAAAUUGAAAAGUUGAGCUGUCCCUUUCCUUUGCUUUGGUCAAAAACCGAACACCUAACCGUUUUGGUCACUGCUGGACUCAAAGGGUGUCUUCACACACAGCGUUUUCUCUCACAUUUUGUUUCAAAUGUGAACUGGGUUUUGUCCAUUCCUCACAAUUUCAGCUGAAAAUAGUGCUACCAGGUGGCCUUCUUCCUUUACUUUCAUUCAUGGGGAAGAUCUCAACUUCUGCAACACAGCCAGUAUCACAAGAAGCUUCCAAUUAUGAUGAGGUUUUUAUGCAACAAAGCUUGCUGUUUGAUGAUAGUCUAAAGGAUUUGAAAAAUCUGAGAACACAAUUAUACUCAGCAGCCGAAUAUUUUGAACUCUCAUACACCAAUGAUGACCAAAAACAAAUAGUGGUAGACACAUUGAAGGAUUAUGCCAUCAAAGCGCUUGUAAAUACAGUGGAUCAUUUAGGUUCUGUGACAUACAAAGUGACUGACUUGUUGGAUGAGAAGGUCGUAGAAGUUUCCGGAGCCGAGCUACGUGUAUCCUGUAUCGAACAGAGAUUGAGGACAUGCCAAGAGUAUAUGGAUCACGAGGGGCGUACCCAACAGUCAUUGGUGAUCAGUACUCCAAAAUUUCAUAAGCGUUAUAUCCUGCCUGUUGGGGAGACCAUGCACGGUGCCAACCGCACAAAGUCAAAAUAUGUAGGGUGCAGCCUAGAUGAUGAAGAUGACUGGCAUCACUUCAGAAAUUCUGUUCGAGCUACAAUCAGAGAAACUCCAACAUCUACUGCAAGUAAAGGGCGUUCCCCAUCACCUUCUGUACAAACUCAGAGACCUGGGGCCUUCUCAUUCACUUCAACCAUGCCCAAAAAAGAUUUAGAGAAACGGUCAGUUUCACCGUAUCGAUUCCCGCUUCUACGCACUGGAUCUCGGUCAAGUAGGCCUACAACACCAAGAACGAGUAGACCAACUACUCCAAAUCCAAGCAGACCAAUUACACCAAGUCCUUCUGGUGCAAGACAAAGGUAUCCUUCGGAGCCGCGCAAAUCUGCUUCAAUGCGAUUACCUGCUGAAAGAGACAAUGGCAAAGAUGCAGAACAAUACCCCAGUAAAAGUAAACGUCUCCUGAAGGCCUUGCUAAGCAGGCGCAAGUCUAAGAAGGAUGACAUGCUAUAUACAUACUUGGACGAGUACUGAUACUGUAUAAUCUUAUGGAAAACAAGGGAAAGAUGUCAUAGAAUCUUGGAAACAAAUCAAUUUUGCUUGUUAGUUUCACCCAUUUGGUAUGAUAGGUUGCACUUAUUUGUGAUUUCAAAUGAACACAUAUAUGAUAAUUUUUCCUUUUUCUGUAUUGUAAGCAAUGUAAGCUCCCAAAAUUCUUGUUUGAUAGUAUUUAACAAUGGAUGUUAUACUUAUAUAUAAUCAAGUAAAUUUGGCUUCAUUUCUC